AUGGAAAAUGGGAGAGCUCAUACCUUAACAGUCUUGUUCAUUCUCACGUGUGCUCUGGGCUACGUGACCUUGCUGGAAGAGACUCCACAGGACACAGCCUACAACACAAAGAGAGGGAUCGUUGCCAGUAUUUUGGUGUUCUUGUGUUUUGGGGUGACACAAGCUAAAGAUGGACCAUUCUCAAGGCCUCACCCAGCUUACUGGAGGUUCUGGCUGUGUGUCAGUGUGGUGUAUGAGCUCUUCCUCAUCUUCAUACUCUUCCAGACUGUGCAGGAUGGGAGGAAGUUCAUGAAGUACAUUGAUCCUCACCUAGGGGUUCCUCUGCCAGAGAGAGACUAUGGAGGCAACUGCCUUAUUUAUGAUCCAGGCAAUGAAACUGAUCCCUUCCACAACAUCUGGGACAAGCUGGAUGGAUUUGUUCCUGCUCACUUUUUUGGCUGGUACCUGAAGACACUGAUGAUUCGGGACUGGUGGAUGUGCAUGAUCAUCAGUGUCAUGUUUGAGUUCCUGGAGUACAGCCUGGAACAUCAGCUCCCAAAUUUCAGUGAAUGCUGGUGGGAUCACUGGAUAAUGGACGUGAUCCUAUGUAAUGGAUUAGGGAUUUACUGCGGGAUGAAGACUCUGUCCUGGCUUUCCUUGAAAACAUACAAGUGGCAAGGACUCUGGAACAUUCCCACCUACAAAGGCAAAAUGAAGAGAAUUGUGUUCCAGUUCACCCCCUACAGCUGGGUGAAGUUUGAGUGGAAACCAGCCUCCAGCCUGCGCCGCUGGCUCGCCGUCUGCGGCAUCAUCUUUGUGUUUUUACUGGCAGAGCUGAACACGUUUUACCUGAAGUUUGUCCUGUGGAUGCCCCCAGAGCACUACCUGGUCCUGCUGCGCCUGGUGUUCUUUGUCAACGUGGGAGGAGUGGCCAUGAGGGAGAUCUAUGACUUCAUGGAUGACCCGAAGUUCCACAAGAAGCUGGGCCAGCAGGCCUGGCUGGUUGCUGCUAUUACUGCCACGGAGUUCCUGAUCGUGGUCAAGUACGAUCCCUACACCCUCACCCUCUCCCUGCCCUUCUACAUCACCCAGUGCUGGAUCCUGGGGAUCAUCCUGGUACUCACCUGGACAGCCUGGCGCUUCUUCAUUCGGGACAUCACUCUGCGGUACAAGGAGAUCAGGAGGCAGAAGCAGGAGCACAGGCACGACAGGGACAAAUGCCUGAGCAACGGUGACGGACACUCAGCACUGCUGGAUGAGCCCAAUGGGAGCAAACUGAAGGAGAGGAAGCUCUGA